AUGUCCUCGAACGUCGGCCUCUCAACCCCGCGCGGUAGCGGAACAUCGGGCUACGUCCAGAAAAACCACGCCUUCCUGCGACCCCGAAACUUCGGCUCGGGAGCCCCCUACCCACCACCUUCCUCGUCAGGUGGGCCUGAGGGCGGCUCAGGGUUCAAACAGCGUCAGCCGGAUAAAGCGAUCUUGGAGCAUGAACAGAAGCGGGAGAUUGAGGUGAAGGUACUUGAGGAGCGGGAGCGGUUAGAAGAUGCGAAUGAGCGUGUUGAAGAGGGAAAGGGUGAAGAGGGCGAAAAGGCGCUCAGUGAAGAGGAGAUUGACGAGCGGUGUGAGGAGUUGAGGGAGAAGUUGGUGAAGGAAAUGGAGGAGAGGAGGCAAAGUGGGCGCGGGGAGAGAGAUGGGAAGGGAAAGAGGGAUGGCAAAAGGGGCUUCAAGGCUUAUCAGGUUCAUGAGCUUGCGGAGGCGAAGAUUGCAGAGAGUGAGCGAUUGAGGAGGGCCCUGGGGAUUAGGGAAGAUGCUAGUGGUGAGCCUGUGAGUGCGAGGGGGGAGAUUGACAAGAGGAGGGAGAAGGAAAGGGAGAGGGAGAGGGACAGAGACUAG